UUUCCUCUCCCUGUCUUUGCUUUGCACAGAUGAAUCCCUCCUCUCUGGCUCUGACCGCUUUCACAUCCAGGUAAACCUUCUUCCACUUUCAUCUCCUUCCGGACCGGGAUCACGCCGUGCAUCCGCUGCAUAGAGUCGGAUGAUGCAGCGAUAAGAAGUCUACAGCAUCCUCUCCGCCGCGCUGCACUCAGCCCGGCAUCGUCAGCUGUUGCUCUAUGAGAGAGUGGGAGAGUGGAGGGCAGCACAGAGGCCGGACUAUGCCGCUGAUUACCAAACGGUAACCCGCUUCCUCAACCUCUGCAGGGCGAUUGGAUGCGAGCGGAGCUGCUUGACGAACCCUCUAGUGUUUUCUGCCCUUUGUCGGUGCCGGAGGAGCUGUGCCAAUGGAGAAGGCAACUCCGCCGCUCCAACCCCAGCCCCAGCCACAGCCCCAGCUCCAGCUGUCCAUAGCGAAGAGUGAAAGUCCGGCCGAAGACAUCUCAGGUUUGACGGACGAGGAGCUGCUCAGGUGGACCAAAGAGGAGCUGGUGCGCCGGCUGAGGCGGUCUGAGGCCGAUAAGAUGAGCGUGAUUCUAGACCACGGGAAUCUCAUCCGAGAGGUCAACCGCAGCCUCCAGCUGCACCUAAACGAGAUUAGGGGGCUGAAGGACAUCAACCAGAAGCUGCAAGAAGACAAUCGUGAGCUGCGGGACUUGUGCUGUUUCUUAGAUGAUGACCGUCAGAAAGGAAAGCGCGUGUCCAGGGAGUGGCAGCGUCUCGGCCGGUACAGCGCCAGCAUCAUGCGCAAGGAAGUGACCCUGUACCUGCAGAAGCUCAAGGAGCUGGAGGUCAGACAGGAGGAGGUGAUCCGGGAGAAUCUGGAGCUGAAGGAGCUCUGCCUGUUGCUGGAUGACGAGAAGGGAGUUUCGGGUGGAGGAGGGGGUGUAGUGGGGGGAAGCGGAAGCGGAGGGGGUGUGGGGAUGGGAGGAUGCCGCAACUCAAUUGACAGCCAGAACAGCCUGCUGCUGGUGCCAGGCCAGGGGCUUCUCAUGAGGGACGUGGGAGAUGGGAGCAGCACCUCGAGCGCAGGCAGCGCCGACAGCUCGGAUCACCCUCACCACAAGCAGACUCACCUCUCUGCAGGUGUGGGCAGUGGGGAGAAAGGUAGCCCUGAACUUUUGCACAAACCCAGGUGUAGCAGCAUCAGUGGGAUAGGUGGAGCGGACAGGGAGGUGUCCAGCCCAGAGCUCCCGGCUGGGCGGCACCGGAGCACGAGCCUGGAGUAUCCCUACACCCUGCCCCAGCUCUGCCGGCCCCGCUGCGGCUCCAUAUCAGUGCCCGACCACAGCCGGGUUAUGCGGGGCCUGAGCCCGGAGAAAUACGGGCGGAACAUAGGCCACCGCAGCCCGGAACAGCACCCCAAGCACCACAGCUCGGAUCUCCUACUGGGUCAAAGGCAGCACUUCCUGAGCCAAGGAGGCAGCGGGGAGCUCUAUCAGAAGUACAAGCGGAGCAGUAGCACCACGGGCUGCGGGAGUCCCGAGCCCCGGCAUGCACAUUUGGGGGUCGGCGAGCACCACGAAAAGGGCUGCAUGAUCCACGGCGGCAGCCCUGAAACUCACAGGCACCAGUACAGCGUGAGCCCAGACCACGCAAAGUUUGGCAGCCCCGUGAGGGAGGGGCAGAGGAGGCCAGCUGGGGACGAGCUGUCGCCGCACCACCGGAGCAUCUACAACGGCAUGAACGCUUUGAUAUCAGCAGGCUGCUGCACCAACAACUGCAGAAAUGUCAAGCUAUGGGACAGCUUUGAGGCCUCCUCUUGACAACUUGACCACCCACGCCUCACCAAAGAAAGAGGGGUGGUAGUGGGGCAGCCCUCCCGUGACUCUGGGCCUGACAGACUUCAGGGCCUCUGGAAGCCACCCUCCAUGGCUCCGGACCAUCUGUAGUCCCAGACCUCUUCCAUGUGCACAGCCCUUAAAACAGCCUGCCUCCAUGUUUUCAUUUCUACAUAUCAGGAGUUUGAACGGGAUGUGGAGUGAGAAGGGUUUUUUUUUUUUUUUGUUCUUUUUCUGUUUUUGAUGAGAAUGCUAAUGAUGAUUUGGAAGACUCAUGAGGCCUGCCAUGGUUAAAUGGAUCAGAGAGGAUAUCUCUCAGUGCCAGCUGCGGUUUUGCUUGCUAACUGCUGGAGAGAGCACAGGGAGGUUGGAUGGGGAUUGGAGAGGAGAUUGAGGACAUUGCACUUUUUGUGCUGCUAUCCUCUGUUUACAAAAGUAGAUCAUGAUUGGGGAAGCACAGAAAACUUUCAAUUCUUUGUUCGUUAAGUCAAUUCUUUUCCCACACUCUUUGCUCUUUCCCGCCCCCCCUGCCCACUGCUUUCUCUGUCCUCUACCUAAUCUUUGGCGAUUUAUUAUCUUCAACAUGUGUAAUGAGACUGCUAUAAUCUAUUGUUCUAAAUCUCAGUCUCCGAAUCCAGACGAUCACAUGGCCGCCAUCAUUCCUAGUAAAAACAUCACCACUAUUUCAAGUAAAUGUACAAAAAAAACAUUUUUUUCUCAAAGAUAACUUUGCAAAAAGACAACAAAAAAAACCACUCUUCCUGUGUCUUAAACCAAGAUGGUCAACAUUACUAGCUGCUGACAGAUGUUCUAGUUCUACAAAAUGCAAUGAUCAGGUGUAAUUUUUCUUUUUUGUAUUAUCUUAUGUUCCCUUAAAGCGCCUAUAUUGAAGCUGGGUGGAAGGUGAUAUGUUGUCCAUAUUGAUUUUUUGUUUGUUUGUUUUUUUACAAGGAAGUGACGUCCAAGUAAAAAGUAGAUUAUUGGAUUAGUUUUCUAUAUAUCUCUAUAUACAAAUAUAUUAUGAUUAUUAUUUUUGACUUACUUGUAUUAGAACUAUAAUAUGAAAAUGUGUAUGGUAUAAUAAAUAAUAAACAGAAGUGUUUAUCUAAAAGU